AAACGUAGGAGACCGCUGGCCUUUGUAAAUAAUAUAGGCGUUGAACAGUAAAACAGAAAUCUAAAAGUAAAGAUGGAUGUAGAAGGACUGAAGGCACGUCUGACAGAAGCUAAUCAAGAACAUCUUUUAAAGUAUUGGGACCAACUCUCUGAUGAAGAAAAACAUCAGCUCUAUACAGAACUGAGUCAUCUAGACUUUAAAGAAAUCAAUGGAUUCUUUAAGACAGCUAUGGAGGACCUGAACUCAACCUCAGAGAAACUUGAUGAUCUGCUGGAACCCUUGCCUAAAGAGGUUUGUGGAGGAGUAGUGGAAACAAGUGAGGAAAACCUCCUGCAAUAUGACAUUGAUGGUCUGACAGAGAUUGGAGAGAGUCGGGUGGCUGUCAUCCUGUUAGCUGGGGGACAAGGUACUCGACUAGGAGUGCCCUAUCCUAAAGGAAUGUACAAUGUAGGACUUCCAUCAGGGAAGACCCUAUACCAGAUACAGGCAGAGAGACUCCUCAAGCUACAGAGACUCGGGGAAUCUGUUACAGGAAACAGCUGUAAAAUACCAUGGUACAUCAUGACAAGUGAGCACACAAAGGGUGCCACCCUUGAUUUCUUCAAGAAAAAUAACUAUUUUGGUUUAGAGGAAGAUGAUGUUGUCCUCUUUGAACAAAACCUCCUCCCAUGCAUAGGGUUUGAUGGAAAAAUCAUUUUAGAGAAACCUCACAAAGUGGCUUUAGCUCCAGAUGGUAAUGGUGGUUUGUACAGAGCACUGAAUCACAGUGGAGUCUUGAAGGACAUGGAGAAGCGAGGUAUCAAGUACAUCCAUGUCUACUGUGUGGACAACAUUUUGGUCAAAAUGGCAGACCCAAUUUUUAUAGGAUUCUGUUUAAGCAAGGGAGCUAACUGUGGGGCAAGGGUUGUAGAAAAAGCAUUUCCUACAGAGCCAGUCGGGGUUGUGUGUAAAGUGGAGGGAAAAUAUCAAGUAGUGGAAUACAGUGAGAUUACACGGAAAACAGCAGAAAAACGAGACUCUGAUGGUAGACUAGUGUUUAAUGCCGGCAACAUUUGUAACCAUUUCUUCACUCUGGACUUACUGAAAUUUGUAUCUGAGCCAGCACAAGAAAAACAAAUGAAGCAUCAUGUUGCAAAAAAGAAAAUUCCACAUGUUAGUGACAAAGACAGCAAAGUCACUGUUAAACCUGACACACCCAAUGGCAUUAAAAUGGAGAAAUUUGUCUUCGAUGUUUUUCACUUUGCAACGAGUUUUGCUGUUUGGGAGGUUAUCCGUGAGGAUGAGUUUUCUCCCCUGAAGAAUGCUGACACUGCUGAUAAAGACACGCCCACUACAUGUCGUCGUGCGCUGCUGAAUCUCCAUCACCGGUACUUGGUAAAUGCUGGGGCACAAUUCGUGGAUAAAGAUGGGAAUGUUCUCCCACCUAGCUCAGAAAAAGAAGAUAUUGGUGGUGGAGAUCGUAAAAAAGAUGAGGAGGUGGUUGUAGAGUGUGAGAUUUCACCUCUCGUGUCAUACGCUGGAGAGGGUCUAAAGAAGUUGGUGGAGGGAAGAACCUUCUCAACUCCUGUUUAUCUGGAUCAAGACUACACUAUGGAUGAACCCGAAAUAGUUGAGGGAGAGUGGUAGAAUUUGGCAGUCUGACCUUGAACAGCUGUUACAGUCCUACUGGUAUAUUUCAUGACCUUGACAUUAGUAUACUGAAAGUCAUGUAUUACAACAGUUCUUAAGACAUGCUGUAUUCUUUGUACUGUACCGGUAAUUUGUUUUUAUAGACUGGUGCUUUUUUUAUUUAUUAUGUGCAAAUUAAUGGCAGCUACUGUGCAUUAAUAUGUGGAUAACCAACUAGUAUAAGAAACCAAUCUAAGUUUAUAUGCUGUGAUAAAAAUGGGUCUUUUUUUUCUUUUCAAUACCAUACAUUUGCCUAAAUGGCUGUUCCAGAAUAAAUGUAUGAAGGAGCCAGGGUCCUAGUUUACCAUACCUCCUUUAUCCCCAAAAAGGGGAAAAACUUUUAUUUUAACCCUUGAUCAUGGGAAAAUAAUUAUAUAACUCUCCAUUACUCGUCACAUCAAAUGUGAAAAAUAUAAUGUAUUUAAAUGUACCAAUAAACAGUUGUUUUUUUUUUUUUUGGAGAAGCCAGAGGAAAAAAUAAAUAUUCAACGGAGAAUCUUUACACUUUACUUGUACACUGAUACAAAGAGGUAUCUUGAACCAACUUAAGAAUUAUGAUGGACAUCUUGACCAAUUAUUAUGAUUUAUAUAUGUCAGGGAUCACCAUGCCCCAUCACAGUGCAUUAACAUAAGUGUACUAAACCAUAUCCAUUAAGAUGGAUCAUUGUGACCCAUCACAAGAUCACACCAUUGAUUACAGAGCAUCUUGUGCCAUUACAACACCAUUAUGAAAGUUUUUGUGGUAUGAUUUCACUGUGUUGAAAUAAUUUGCAAAAAAAAUGCAUAGGGUUAGAUGGCAUGUAAUUUCAAUUUAAUACGCAAUCAUAUACAGUAUAUUGCAUUUCCAAAAUGCUUUCCUGUGAUUAGUAUAUGACGAAAAUCCACAUUCAACUCUAUCAUAUACUUUAAAAAGUAUGCUGAUCUGAAAUGAACGUUUACAAUAGAUGAUAAUUUCCUUACAAUCUUUUUAAUCGUACAUAUAUUACUGUCUGAACAAAUGUUUGAAUUUAAUAAAUAUUUUGCUUUCUUGUAAAUGUUAUCUUCAUCUUUAAAACAGUUCUUUUGACUAUUUUCUUUGAAUACUUGUAUCCUACAGACUUGUUUUUCUGU